UUCAUCCCACACUAAUCAACCAAAAAAUGAGUGGUUCAAAUGGACAAACGCAUGCACUGCAUGCAGAUCAUCAAUACCAACAUCGAGAAAAAAAACCUGCAAUGGUGGAAGCCUUAGGAUGCAUCACAAGCUCGGGGCAAUGCCAAUGGAGAUUAAAAUUAGCUUCAUCUAACAACUCCAUAUCGUUCUGCCAAAGAAAUAAAAAACACGAAGUUCCAACCAAACAAACCAAGCAUAUAUUGUUUCAGACCAACAGAGAAUAUGCAAAUGCUGGUAAAUGGGGAGGACGAAUUGUUGUCAAAGUUGGGAAUAGAGAUGGGGAUGGAAAUGAGAAGACACAGGAUAUGCUGGCAGAAAUAGCAUUGCUAGAGACCCAGAAAAUUAGGGUGACGGAAUUUGUAAGUGAGAGAUCUGACCAACUUAAAGAUAUGGCUGAGCAGACCAAUUCUGAGUUCCAACAAAUUGCAGAUGACACUGUUAAAGAUCUGGAUGAGGCAGGUCUCAAGGUUCUGGAGUCUGUUGAAGAAGACGUCCGAGCUUGUGAAGAAGAACUUGCAUCCGAACGAGCUGAACUGCAGAGAAAGGAGCAACAGAUAGACAGGUUUGAGAAACAAAGUUGGGAAAGCCGUAACGAAGGUCUUUUCUUCCAGAGACUUUAUGCUCCUGCCAAAAAAUUAAAGGAAAUUUCUCCCGAUAAAAAGAAUAGCAUCCAAAUGGAAGCUGACAUACUCAAGAAGGUCACAAAACAAACACUUAAUUCUAGCAUCAGAAGAAAUCUUUAUCUAUUCCUGAUACUUGUGCUCAGCUUUGGAUUAAUAGAUGCCAUUGCAUCGGGAAAUGCAGAAUGGCCAAAGCUUGCACUGUAUGCAGUACUUAUUGUGAUUUUAGUUGUUCAACUGACGUAUGAAACCGCUUUCUCAUCCAAGGACAAGUAAAUUAACUACUGGCAAUGUAGUGAGGUUCUUCCAGAGGCUUGGUACAUGAGAAUCUUUGAAACUUGUUCUCAAUUGAUGGAGAUAUUAGCUAUGCAGCCCAGCUCCAGACAUCUGAAUUCUUAAAGGAUGGCAGCUUGUUCAAAUAAUAUCCUAAUGGAAGGAUGCAGGAGGCCUCCUCAUUUCUUUCUUGUGAUUUUUUUUCAAGCAGAUGAAUAUGGCCGAUAGAGGAUGAAGAAUACAUACGCAAAUAAAGUUGAAUUGAUCAAUGUAAUAUAAAUGCAUUUUUAUGAUUUCAUUUUCACCUUUUGUGAUGUUAAAUCAGCCAAUGUAAUACGAAUACGGUUUUUAUGAUUUUGGCUUAACUUUACACCUUCAGUGGUGCCAAACUACUCAAUAAGGGUCAUGAUGCACAGGUUACUUAUCUGUGUCCAUUUUGAUUGGUCUCAACUCAA